AUGCCAGCAACCGAUGAUCUACGGCUGCUGCACAAGCAAGAGCGUGCCAUGCGGAUUUCCUUGGACAACAUUAAGGAGUUUGUCCAAUCGAUUAACGAUGGAGCUGAUAGACGUUCUUUGGACAUGCGCAUAGCCAGGCUGGAUGAUAUCUGGCAACAAUUCAUCGAUAUUCGGAUGCGCAUUGAGCUGAUCACUGAUGGCGUCGAUGAUGAGAUUUCCACGGACGAAACGGAAGAAACGGAGGAAGCAAGAUUGCAACGGCAAGUCAGGGUCCAGAGACAACGAGAUCGUGAGAACUCGAAGAUAAUUAAAGAUUUCGAGAAUGAAGUGUACCGCUUGAAGGAAUCUAUGUUCGGGUUUCUUCAAUCUACAUCAAGUAGUGCACUGCAAGUUCAACAGCAUCAAUCUGUAGCUGUACCACAGUCCAAGGUGAAGCUCCCAGAGCUGAAACUGCCCACCUUCAACGGAAGAAUCUCGGAUUGGGUCACUUUUCGAGACACGUACAAGAACCUGAUCCACAAUGAUACUGGCUUGUCUAAUAUGGAUAAGUUCACUUAUCUGCGAACGUCUCUCAUCGGUGAUGCGCUUCAGGAGAUCGCAUCGAUCGAGAUUUCCUCUGCCAACUACCCCAUUGCGUGGACCGCCUUGGAAAAUGCCUUUGAGAAUAAGAAGUUGUUGGUGAUGACCCACUUGGACUCGUUGUUCGCCCUAGAGCCACUCCGGCAGGAGAAUUACGAGUCGUUGAGUAAACUCGUAAAUGGGUUCGAGAAAAACCUGCAAAUGCUGUCCAAGAUUGGUGAAAACCCGGAGGGUUGGAGCACGUUGCUGCACAUCGACAUUCGAUCGUGGAACAUUCCGAAAGAGAUCAUCCUAGCGGAUCCGACGUUCAACGAGUCCGGAGCAGUUGAUUUGAUAAUUGGAGCGGAAGUCUAUCUGGAGUUGAUGAUUGCAGAACGCCAGAUCAAGCUUGGAGAUACUGGCCCAACCUUGCAGAACACGCUGCUGGGUUGGAUCGUUUCCGGAGGCAGUCCGGAAGUAUCAACAUCCCUAACGACAGUGUCAUCCUGUGCCACUGAGAACAUUGAAGAAGGAUUAGCACGGUUCUUUGAGCUAGAAUCGUGUCGCACCACCAGCACCCUAUCGCUGGAAGAAUCAGCCUGCGAGCUACACUUCGAGAAGACGACAACGAGAGAUUCGAGUGGUAGAUUUGUCGUCCAACUACCCAAGAAGCAAUUCAUGCUGGAUCGUCUAGGAGAGUCGCAGUCUAUAGCCAUUCGUCGCUUCAUGGCAUUGGAGCGAAGACGUGAUGCAGAUCCAGCAGUGAAGAAGAUGUAUACCGAAUUCAUUGAAGAAUAUCUACGGAUGCAGCACAUGCGUGAGAUUUCACCACGGGAAUUAAGUACAUUUCCAGUUGCUUAUUUCCUACCGCAUCAUGCGGUAAUUAAGCCGGACAGCACGACAACCAAGUUGCGUGUCGUAUUUGACGCAUCCUGCGCAACCACCACUGGAGUCUCGCUAAACGACGUCCUUAUGGUAGGUCCUGUUGUUCAGGAGGACCUAAACUCAAUAACACUUCGCUUCCGCCUGCGGAAAUAUACAAUAACAGCCGACGUCGAGAAGAUGUACCGGAUGAUGAAGACGCAUCGCUUGGACCAUCCUCUUCACUGCAUUGUGUGGAGGGCCGAUUCUGGAAAACCUCUUCGCAUCUUCGUUCUGACCACCGUAACGUACGGUACCUCUUCAGCACCAUAUCUGGCAACGCGUUGCCUCAAGAAGCUGGCGGAGGAAGAGAAAGGAAAUUUUCCUGCCGCAGCGGACACCAUAAUCUACGACUUCUACGUAGACGACAUGCUGAAGAGCGUCGACAGCAUCGAAGAAGGAGUGCAGCUAUCCAAAGACCUCAUCCACGUGCUGGCCACGGCUGGACUGACCUUAAGAAAGUGGAGUUCAAAUUCCCGAGAGAUCAUGGACAGUAUCCCACCAUAUCUGCGGGAUGAACGCUCAUCUUUGGACCUCGAACCUUCGAAUUCCAUCGUCAAGACCCUCGGACUGAAGUGGGAACCUCGAUCGGACGUGUUCAGAUUCACUGUACCUCAGUGGAAUCCUGCUACUGAGCUCAACAAGAGGAUCAUAUUGUCCGAUUUCGCAAAGCUUUUCGAUCCCUUAGGCCUGGUAGGACCUACAUUAGUCCAAGCCAAGGUAUUUCUUCAGGAUCUUUGGAGAACAAAGUGUUCCUGGAACGAUACUCUUCCCGAAGAGCUUCAAAACUGGUGGCGAGAAUUUCGAGAAGGUUUGGCAGGAUUGCGACUGCUGCAAGUCCCUCGAUGGGUCGCCUUUGGAAGCGAUACCAUCUCCGCUGAACUCCACAUGUUCUGUGAUGCCUCCAAGAAGGCAUACGGUGCCUGCAUCUAUCUCCGAUGCACCUCAUUCAAUGGAUCAGUCACUGCCUUGCUGCUUACAGCAAAAUCCAGGGUAGCUCCACUUGAAGAUUUGGAAAAGAAGCGGAAACAAACCUCCAUACCGAGAUUGGAGUUGUCAUCCGCACUCACCGGCGUUCAUCUGUUCGAGAAAGUCGUCCAAAGUAUCAAGAUAACUGCUCAACCAUACUUUUGGACUGACUCGAUGAUCGUCAAAUGCUGGAUCGCUUCACCACCCUCUCGCUGGAAUAUGUUCGUGGCCAACAGGGUGUCAGAGAUCCAACACAUUUCUCGUGGAGGAAUCUGGAACCACAUCGCUGGGUUAGAGAAUCCCGCGGAUGUUCUAUCACGGGGAAUGACGCCACAUUUGAUACUGAAGGACUAUCAAAUGUGGUGGCACGGACCAUCCUGGCUUCGGCAGGAUAAGACAUCCUGGCCGACAACUGCUACAAUCACUACUGAACACCUGGAUCCCUCUCUUCUUGAAGAAAGAACUACUGUGUCAGCCGCUGCUCAAGUGAUCGAGACCAGUCCAGUCUUCGGUCUACGAUCGUCUUUGAACGAUCUUCUCCGAUUAGUAGCUCUCAUCCGAAGAUUCGCCCACAACUGCAAGAACCGUUUAGAUCGUAGAGUAGGUUUCAUCAGAUAUGAAGAGCGAGAAGAAGCGCUGCGUCAGCUGCUAGCUCUUGCCCAACAGGAAAGUUUCCCCGAAGAUCUCGCUGAACUGCAGAAGAAUGGUGAAGUCAAGUCUACAUCGAGGAUCAACCAGCUCACUCCACGCUUUGUAAACGGGUUAAUCCUGGUCGGCGGCCGGCUCGCGAAUGCCAACAUUUCGGCUGGCCGGAAACAUCCAAUUGUUCUUGACAAUCAACACCCGCUGUCUGUUCUCAUAGCCACUGACUAUCACCGCAAGCAUCUCCAUGCUGGACAACAGCUACUGACCGCCAGCAUGCGGGAAAGAUACUGGCCAAUUGCUGCUCGAAACCUAGCACGCAUGGUCAUUCAUCGCUGUGUGAAAUGCUUUCGUGCUCGACCGAAGCUCCACGAGCAACUCAUGGCAGACUUACCAUCGGAACGAGUAACUCCACCUCCCCCUUUUUUACGAGUAGGAGUGGAUUACUGUGGUCCGUUUUACAUCCAGUACCCGUACAGAAAAGGAGCACCGAUUAAGUGCUUCGUCGCCGUGUUUGUGUGCCUUGUAGUGAAGGCUGUCCACCUGGAGGUCGUGGGAGACCUCACCAGUCAGGCCUUUAUCGCUGCGUUGAGAAGAUUCGUCGCACGCCGUGGACGUCCAGAAAUCCUCAUGUGCGACAACGCAACGAAUUUCAUCGGGGCACGGCGUGAAUUGGGUGAACUACGGAAACUGUUCAAUAACCAGGAAUUUGCGAAGACAGUAGCUCAAGAGACGGCGAUGGACAAUAUCAACUUUAAAUUCAUCCCGGCAAAAUCUCCAAAUUUUGGUGGGCUUUGGGAGGCUGCCGUGAAGUCGAUGAAAGGACAUCUGAAGCGUACCCUUGGAAACAUGGUUAUUUCAUCUGAUGAAAUGGCCACUCUGGUGGCGCAAAUCGAGGCCUGCCUCAACUCGAGGCCGAUUACGCCACUCUCGAAUGACCCGAACGACAUGGAAAUCCUGACUCCUGGUCACUUUCUGGUGGGAAGACCACUCACAGAAAUUCCAGAACCGUCACUUGAAGACCUCAAUCAGACCAGGCUUUCGAGAUGGCAGCGAGUGCAGAACUUCCUUCAACACAUCUGGAAGCGUUGGUCGACUCAGUACCUUUCUGAUCUACAAGCUCGAACAAAAUGGACCAGGCAACGGAACAACGUCUCCAUCGGAACCAUGGUGCUGCUAUGUGAGGAUAACACACCACCCCUCAAGUGGCGCAUGGGACGAGUAGUGGAGAUCCACCCGGGAAAGGACGGCAACAUCCGCGUCGUUAAGGUUCGCACAAAGGACGGAGAGUUCCUACGGGCGAUAUCCAAAAUUUGUAUCCUGCCAAUACGGGACAAUGACACUGCAACAUCAGCUCAAGGGGAGGAUUAG